AUGAAAUUUCUCAAUGUGGAUCGACCAACCAACCCUCCUCGUGCUCCUACAAAGACGUCGACCAGGGAGCUUUUAUGGAAAAUUAUUCCGAGCUCUAAUAAGAAUAAGGUUUCAGAGGUCGGCGACUAUUCAACAAAGAAGGAACCGCCUUGCAGCUCCAUCCAACAGCUUAAAACGUUCGCAACCUGCAAAGUUCCCAGCUCAUCAUGUCCGUCGCCAUCCCCUUUUUUCAACAAGUCACGGGCAUAUAUAACCGUCAUUUGCUACUUCGCUCCCAUGCUAUUCCAGGCCACUGGAUUGGGAGCCAGCGAUUCUCUCCUCUCGUCAGUCGCCCUAGGCGCUGUGGGCGCGGGGAUCACUCUCUCGUCGCUUUUUUUAGUUGAUCGGUUCGGCAGGCGGGCCCUUUUCCACGCGGGCGGGGCCCAAAUGCUUAUCCCACAGAUUGCGGUCGGGUGGAUUAUGUCGAAUGGUGAUGGGUUACGGUGUGGUGGUGUUGGUAUUGGUUUGCUAUACGUGGCGGGUUUCGCGAUGUCGUGGGGCCCACUCGGGUGGCUUGUGACGAGCGAGGUUUUCCCGUUGGAGGUGAGGUCGGCGGGGCAGAGUGUGACGGUGGCGGCAUUUUUGUCGAUGUUGUGCGGGUUGAAGCACGAGAUCUUUUUCUUCUUUGCGGAGUUGGUGGGGGUGAUGACGGUGUUCGUGUAUAUGUUCUUGUCGGAGACGAAGGAUGUGCUGAUAGAGAAGAUGGAUGGGAUUUGGAGGGAGCAUUGGUUUUGGAAGAGGUAUGUUUGUGGGGGUGGUGGUGGUGGUGAUGUUGAUGGUGGUGGUGAUAGUAAUAAGGGUGAUGGUGGUUGUAGUGUUGGGGAGGAGGAUUAUUGA